AUGUCCUACACAAACGGCGCCGCAUUCCCGGACGAGGAUGUGGAAGAAGAAACUCUCGUGGCAGACUAUCAAGAGCAGGUAAACAGCUAUGACGAGGGCGCCGACUUGGAGCGUGGAGAUUCGAUCAUCAGUGGUGGACCUGCGGACCUACGAGCGCAACUUGAAGCUGCUGCCGCUCCUUUGGAGUUUCAAGCGAGUCUGGAAACCAAAUUUCAAAGUUACGACAACUACUGCUCGCUUUUCCACUACAUCCUCAACUCCGAGGGCCCGGUAGACAUCGAGACGCCCUCUUACUACUGGGCUUGGGAUGUGAUCGAUGAAUUCAUCUACCAGUUCGAAUCCUUCUGUCGCUACCGCAACCGGGUGGCUCGCACCGCACCCACUGAAGAGGAAGCCCAAGUUCUGCGAGAAAAUCCUAACACAUGGGGCUGCUACAGCGUUCUGAACGUCCUGUAUUCGUUGAUCCAACGCUCGCAGAUCAACGAGCAGCUGGCUGCCACAAAGAGAGGCGAAGACCCCACGGCCGUAGCUGGGGAGUAUGGCUCACGCCCCCUCUACCGCAUGCUGGGCUAUUUCUCCAUCAUCGGCCUCUUGCGUGUGCACUGCCUCCUCGGAGACUUCAGUCUCGCGCUGAAGACCCUGGACGACAUCGAGAUGAACAAGAAAGCCAUGUUCGCCCGCGUCAUGGCGGCGCACCUGAACACCUACUAUUAUGUCGGCUUCUCUUACAUGAUGCUCCGCCGCUACGCGGACGCCGUGCGCAUGUUCAGCCACAUCCUGGUGUACGUGUCUCGCACCAAGAACUUCCAAAAGGGACCCAAUCAAGGGCAAUUCGACGCCAUCGCGAAGAAGACCGAACAGAUGUACGCCCUCAUCGCCAUCUGCGUCUCAUUUGCGCCCACUCGUCUGGACGACUCCAUCCACACGACCCUGCGCGAAAAGUACGGCGAGAAAUUCGCGAAACUGCAACGCGGCGGCACGGAGAGCUUGCCGAUCUUUAAGGAGUUGUUCCAGUCUGCCUGUCCGAAGUUCAUCACCCCGACCCCUCCGGACUUCGACAACCCGUCAUUGAACAUCGACCCCGUCGACCACCACACCGAGAUCUUCAUGGACGAGGUCCGCAACACGCUCUUCAACCCCCUGAUCAAGUCGUACCUGAAACUCUACACGACCAUGAGCAUCCAGAAACUCGCGGGUUUCUUGGAAGUCGAGCCCGAGAAGCUCCGCAGCUGGCUCCUCGUGAACAAGCAGCGGAGUUGUCGGCAGAUCCGCUGGACCGAGGGGGGCCUGUUGGAAGGCGAGGUCGUGGGUGUGCUGGGCAACGGCAGCUCAGAGGGGUUGGACUACGCCAUCGAGGGCGACUUGAUCCAUAUCAGCGAGGCGAAGCAGGGGAGACGGCUGGUGGAUUGGUACCUGCGGAACUUGGCGAGAGCCUACUGA